CGUAGUUGGAAAGUUCUGUAAUUUAUGAAAAGCGUGUUAGGUGAUUAAUAUUGCUUGUUUGAUUGUGACCGAGAUUAUAAAAUCUGAGCCAAACAGGAAAUUACGAUAAAGUGAAGGGGCGUUCGAUAGCAUUUCUUCAGUUACACCGCUAAAAACUUCUGCAAAUCGUCCCUUUCAUACUCCCUUUUCCCUACCCCACGCAGUUCAUCAAAUCGGAUUCCAGACGCAGGAUUUAUGACAGCAUUAUUCAGGAUUGUUCUAAUCUGCACGCAUAAAUCUGUGACCGUUUCUGAAUUUACGUGUUUUUGUAUUUAUAUGGGAAUUCAAAAUUAGGUGCACUCUUAAUUAAUUCAGUGGGUGCAUGUAUCUUAACAUUGCUUUUGAUUUAUGCAAAUGACUACAUAUAUAAAAUGCCUCAUUUUCACACACUGUAUGUGUGUUUUUACAUGUAAUAUAAUGUAUUCCUCAGAAAGUUGAGAGUUCCUUAUGUCAAAUUUUUGUUCUUGUUUGCAGUGUAAUUUCUUUGGAAAUUCAUUUUUACCAAUCUGUCUUUUUCUUUUUAGUUUGUUAAUUUACCAUUUACCAAUUGCUAUUAAUUAUAGUAGAUCUUUUAGAUUUUUUUUUUCCUUCCAAAAAGAGCUGAUAUUGAUCGCAUAACUAGAAAUCUGCUUUUGAUCUAUGACUUGUACAUACCAAGUAAUUAUUUGUCUUAUAUUAUACAAAAUUUAUUUCAUGUCAUACAUAUCUGUAAAAAUUAACAUAUUAAGUAAAUUAUCACGGCACAAUUAUUUAGCAUAAAUUGUAUUAUUUAAAAUUAUUUGCUUAAGAUGCAUUAAUAUACGAGAAAUUAGCAUAUGAGAUACCAAAGUUUCUUGUGUCAUCUUAUAUUUUAACACAUUAACAUAUGAAUUUUUUAUGAUAAUAUUAAUGUGUAGGGUUUUGCACCUUAAAUUAUGGAGUCAAUAAUUUUUAUUUUUUUUAGGGUUUCAUUUUGGUAUAUUUUCUAUAUUUUAUUAAAAUAGUACUCGACCGUAAACUUUAGGGUCUCGUGGGAUUAGUUAAGGUACGCGUGAGUUAGUCCGAACACCUAUGGUCAUUAAAAAAAAAAAAAAAGUAAGGAUAAAAUUAAGUAAAUAAAAGUUUUAUUUCAGCUUCUUUUAGAAGCCCUUUAUAAAAUUUUGAGCUUCUCUAAACUGAGCUUGAAAAACUAUUUUGGUCGAUAAGCGCUUCUUUGAUCACAAACCAAACAAUUAUAUUUUGCUGCAAAAGUGCUUUUGGCCUGAACUAGAGCCUUUGGGAUACCAAGUCGCCCUCCCAAACACAUAAUAUGUAUGCACAAAUAUGCGUAGAUACGUAUAUGCUUAUGUUCAAUAUAUUUAUAACAGUUUUUGGUGAAUAUUGGACGUUUAGGUUUAUUAUUGUAUUUGUUUAUAUUUGUGAUUUGUUGUCUAAUGCAGAUACACAUACUUACACGUGCAUUUAUGCAUAUGCGUGUAAACAUAUUUAUGUAUGCAUUUUAAUACUUUCUGUUCGGUUGAGAAACGGAAUGCAAGCUAGUAAAGUAAUCCCUACAUGUCAAUGAUAGAGGUAUAUGAUUAAUACUCACGCAGAGAUAGUAUAAAGUCACUUAUAGAUUGUAGUACAUGAGAGUUGAAUUGAUGCAAUACUGGUGCAUCCAGCAGAUGAUGAAUAAAAACAAAAGAAAAAAAGAGAAGAUUAAGACAAUUGAGGCUGAGUUUAAAUCUGUGGCAUCCAAUGCACCAAAUUAAAAUAGGUUAAAUUAGUUAGUUUCAGAUACUAACAAUUUUGUAGAAUUUUGACACUUGACAAUGGAGAGUGGACAGUUACAAAACUUCUUUGUCUACAUCCACUUAACUUUAAAUAGGAGUUUUGAAAGAGCCAACAGUGUCACGUGACAGUGGUUAGAGCAUCUUUUGGUUGUUGAAACUAAUUACUUCAUUACUCAUUUAUAUGUGAUAACCAUUGUAUCAUUUGGUGGAUAUUAUUUCGAAUCCCCUCCCCAGGAUCUGUUUUAGAGAUAAACCAGUGUUUGUGGCUUUCAAAAAUCUCUGUUUUGAGUUCUAGCAGCGGAUUUUUAGUCGUAGAAAUGGAAAUUAUUGAACAUAUAGUUGCUGAAAGUAGCAACAGAGGCACGGGCAUGGGCACGGGGAGACCUCCUCGACUUGAAGAGGUAGAAAAGCAUGUUACAUACACAGACGAGCAGAUUGAGCUUCUUGAGAAAAUUUAUGUAGAGUGUCCAAAUCCAACUCGCUCUCAGCGAUCACAGAUUGUGCAAGAGCAUCCCAUUCUGAAUGGCAUUGAAAACAGGCAGAUCAAAAUCUGGUUUCAAAACUGCAGAUGCUGUGAAAGAAAUAAGAAAGAGAAAGAGGAAUUUCUGUUAAUGACCCGGAAUUUGAGAGCAAUAAACACUAUGCUGGUUGAAGAGAACAAUUUGUUGCAGAAUGAGGUGGCCCAGAAGAUGCAAUUGAGAGAGAACUUGAGGAACCUGCUCUAUCAUAUUCAUCUGUCUUGGAUGAUUGUGAUGCAGUUAAUUGCUACAGCUAGUGUUGCAGACCUGGGACAUGAAACGGACGCCUUUCCUGCUGCUAAUUCAAGGAGUAUUCCCUUACCAGCUGAGGAAACCACCAAUAGGUUCCUGUCUAAAGCUACUGGCACUGUUACCAACUGGAUUGCUGAUCUCAAGCUGAAGGUUUUCAUGGUUGUAAUGCUUUUUGGGCUUUAUCUCUUGGUAUCGAACCAUUUAUUUAAUUUUCGGCUGUCUGGUGCUGUACAUGUUUUGCAAACUCGUGUGGGGGAAGCUGCACGACCCACUGCGGCACCUUUUGAUCCUAUCAAGGCACAAUCUGAUUUCAUCUUACCAAGCUUUCUGAAACUGGAAAUCCUGAAAGACUGUCCAUCCUGGUUUCCAAAUUGUCGAAAUCUGGAAGUCCUUGACAAGUUUUUGGUGAACAAUGGGACUACAACUGAACUGAUGUACACUCAGAGGGAUGGGCAGGACACAUGGUUAACUGGUGCAGACUCUUCAAAGUUCCGGUGCUUGACAUUUUUUAUGGCCUAUCAAUUUUCUUUCAGUAUUCAUCUUUGGGAGGAUGUUACAUCCAUGGCUCAGCCAUAUGUCUACCAUGUUUUGUCUCAAAAAAAUAAUUCUCUGAAAGCGACUUCAGGAUCAUAUCUUGUUAAGAACUCCACUGAAGCAAACCCAGCCAUGGGAUCCAUGUUCUCUCGCCACUCAGUGGAUGCUGCCAACCUUGCUUAUUGGAUUGGCCAAAGUUACAGAUCAAGUUUGGGUGUGGAGUUUCUCAGCGUCAGCUGCCGGAGCAGCGACUCUUUGUUGGACUUAAGCUCAUUCAAGGGCUGUCCUCAGUAUUUUCUGCUGGUAACUGCGUAAUGGACAGGUCGUUGUGCAGAGAGUUGACAAGAGGGAUGGUAACUAGCCCUUCUUCUAAGUUAUGUUGAACUUUCUUGUACUUGCAAAAUGCCCAUGUUCUUGUGUGAGAUAUCUUAAACAACUGAUCAGGUUGUGCUUACAGACAUUUACCAAUAAUAAAAUAUGGGCUGUAAGUGACUAUUUUCAGAUAUGUUCGGUAGAUUUUUAGUAUUGGAAGUUUUUAUUUGAUGAAGAAUUA